UUACCAGAGUGCCCGGAUGCUGACCCAACCUUGACCCCAUGGAAUCCUGGGCACGACCCUACUGCGCGGGUGGUUGUGGGUAGAGGACAGAACUACCUGCUCCAAUCAUCUGCCACGUUUUACUCACUGGAGGUCAAGGACGGAGGCAGACUUGUUUUUGCUGACUUGGGACCAACAAGUGAUACAGAAAUAGUCCUGAGGUCACGCGAAGUAAACGUGGGGAACGAUGGCGAGUUCCACAUCGGCAGUGAGACCUGCCCGUACCAGGGGAAGGCCACGGUGUCCCUGUACGGCCGCUCGGACGAAAACGUCAACAGCACCAAACAGUUCCUGGUGGCGUCAGGUGGGACUCUGGAGAUCCACGGACAACACAAGGUGGCGUGGACACAGCUCACACAGACAGUACCAGUAGGGGGUCUUCCUAAGGGAGCCUAUAGUUGGGAUUCCGCUCUCGGAACUGCUGGGAGGGGAAUUCACGUACAUGUCAUCGAUGAGAUAUCAGGGGCUGUGGUGGACUGGCAACUCUUCGACACCCAUGGGGACGAAAGCAACAGCCGAAAUUUAGCGGCUUUCAUCGACCAAAUACCACUAGGCAAAAUCGUGACAUUGCAAGUGGAGGAUUCGGCAAUCAAAAAACUGGAGGCUACCGCAAUUGAAAAGAUGCGGGAGUUGGGAAGCGUGGAGGUGGACGCUUUAGGAUACAGGGAGCCCUGGGUGUUUGCGGGAGUGAAGGGAGACCCCAGUCGCGCUGUAGAGCAGAGAAUCCCAUAUGUUGACAAAGAGACCACCGGCACCGCUGCCAUCACCGGUACCUUUGACGCUUUCUUCGGCUCCUUCGACAUCUCUGUCACAAGUGAAUGGCUGGGAGGGAAUGAGCGUUGCACCUUUUCGGUGGAGGGCGGAGGUGGUGAGUACAUCAUCAACCUGAAGGAUGACGUGAGUUCCUGGCAGCCUGGGGACCACAUCGUGCUGGCCAGCACGGACUACAACAUGGAGCAGGCAGAGGAGUUCCAGCUGCUGCCGUGCCAGGAGUGCUCGGACCACCAGGUCAAGAUCAGCGGACAAAUCAAAUAUAACCACUUUGGUGAGAUCUCGGAUGAAGUAGACUUGCGGGGAGAGGUUGGCCUGCUGACCAGGAACAUCAAGUUCCAGGGGGAGGUAGAGGACAGCUGCUAUGGCGACAACUUCUGUCAGUUCUUCGACUACGACACGUAUGGAGGGCAUCUCAAGGUUAUGCCAAGUUUCAAGAACGUGCACCUGUCUGGCAUCGAGUUCACCAGAAUGGGCCAACAGGUGCUCGGCAGCUACCCUGUCCACUUCCACAUGGCCGGAGAUGUGGACGAGGUCGGAGGCUACAGCCGCCCAACGUACGUCCGAGAGCUGUCCAUUCACCACUGCUUCUCCCGCUGUGUGACCAUCCAUGGGACCCACGGGCUACUGGUCCAAGACACAGUUGGGUACGACACACUCGGUCACUGCUUUUUCCUCGAGGAUGGCGUGGAGCAGCGUAAUGUUCUGGACCACAACUUGGGCCUGGUGACGCGGGCAGGCACGCUGCUGCCCACCGACAGGGACGACAACAUGUGCCGGAGCAUGAGGGACGCGGUCUACGGGGACUACGUUCCACAGACUAUCAAUUGUCGGGCAAUAUCGACUUUCUGGAUUGCUCACCCAAACAACAUCCUCACCAACAAUGCAGCUGCCGGAUCUCCGCAUACUGGGAUCUGGUACGUGUUCCACCGUGAGCCGACCGGCCUGUCAGAGGGCGCCCUACCCAGGGGCCAGUCAGAGAGAACACCCUUAGGACGGUGCUACAACAACAGAGUGCACUCCAAUGGCAUAGAUGGCUUCAAGAUAGACUGGGGAGUAAAGACCACUCAGUCAUCUGCAAAACACCCAGAGGAAUACCUGUCACGAACACCUGCACGGUACAAGCCUCACCAGAACGCGGACCUCCUGCAGCCACGUGUCCCGGCAAUAGUCGAAGGUCUCAUCACCUUCAAGAACUGGGAUGGUGGGGUCUGGGUCCGGGGAGGGGACAUCUGGUUCGACAAAUGCGCCGAAGGCCACUUCCCUAACGAUGAGGGAGCGAGCCAGCAGGUCCGGAACAGCAUCUUUAUCGGGGAGAGUGAGAACGUGGGCACUGCCAGCGGGUCCAGCGUCUGGGGGAUGGGAGGGGUCAAACCGGUGGAGAGGAGUCUACCCCAAGCCACAGACUUCCCAUUGCGAGGAUUUGAAGUGUAUGAUGGCCCCGUCUUAGCUGAAAGUUGUACCUUCAAGAAUUUCGCCGCGGCCCCGCAGUACGACCGCUGGAGCAGCGCGAUCGCGUUUAAGCUGAAAAACAACUGGCAAACGGCGACGAAGAGCAACCUGACGGGGAUAAAAUAUGAAAAUGUUCAAACCCGUGUGUUUUUCGGGGGCAAAGACCUGGCAUGGUUUGGCACAAACGACAGGGACGGGGAUAAGACAUCGGUUUUUCACGACGCGGACGGCAGCACCAGCGGUUAUCUUGACUCCUACGUAGUCGCGAAGGACAACUAUCUGGUCAGGAACCCAGGAUGUCUGGAGAAACCGGAGUGGGGAGGGUACGUCUGCAGCGGGAAUUAUGCACAGCUGUUCAUCCAUGUAGAGCAGCCCGCGAACCUGCUGAUGUCGAUGGUCCGAGACGAGUAUCCUGAUCAGCCCCUGGUCCUCCAAGGUCCACGUUCACAGGGUCCGAACGGCAAACAGAAGUACCAGCCUGCUGUGAUGCUGGAGAAAUCCUACACUAUCCACUGGGACGGACGGGCGCCCGCACAGAUCAUCAUCUAUCCGAUAAACUUCGACAGCGAAGAUUGGCUUCGGCUAGGACUCUGCUACCCACCAGGAACCAUUUUCCGAGUGUCGUACCAGCUGGAGAAGCGCGUGCCGUACGCUAUCGUUCAUGAUGAGGAGAUCCACCCGGUAUCCAGCUUGAACGCUGUGGACGGCGGCGACGGCAAAAUGUUCUACUUCGAGGAAAGCACUGGCCUUUUGUUCUUGAAAGUCCGCGCUAACUACGAUCGGGAAGGCCAUACGUACUGUUCACACAUGGGCUGUGAGAGGAUCAUCAUCACGGCCACCAUGACAAGUGACGCGGUCAGCGACUGUACAGCAGCCGCUUAUCCCAAGUACAGCCUGACGCCGACAGAGACUGUCCCCAUGCCGAGCUUCCUGAGUCUGGUCAACGACUGUACAGGCUGUGGUGCUCCGGAGCCGGUCGUCAGUGAUGACAACGUGAAAUAUCUGGAGGUGACUAUUCUGUCCGCAGGGAAGGAGGAAAUGGAUCUGGGUCAUAGACCUUUUAUCGAGGUAGACGGAGUCCGGUUCGACGAUCGUUCCCGAGGUUUCCUGAUCAUCGUCGUUGACGCACUGACCAGUGCCGUCACGCAUCAGAUGACGUUCAACACCCACGGUCAAACCGCUGAUGCUGCAAUGGCAAACUUCAUACGGAACGACAUCCCACAAAACUCUAUCGUCCUGAUUACAACACGUUACUCCUCCAGUCGCUAUGCUCAGGAGUGUCUGAUCGCACUGAAAGAGAUCGGAGCUCAGGAGCCUGUUCGGACAGACUUUGGAGAUAAUUUCGCCAUGGUUGGGUUUAAAGGCACCGCCUGGCCCAGCUGGGUCCAGCAAGUCAACCUGCCGUCCGGUCAGGGUCCGGCACAGAUCUACACCAAGAUCCCGCUCAUGGGCUGAUCACCAGUCAAUGGUAGAAAGAACGAGCAAAUGUCUUCAACUCUUACAAUAAAGAUCUUUU